AUGGAUGAUGAUGAUAUGCAAACAAAUGGUGCUCAGAAUGUUGUAGACGUAGAUGCUGAAACUCAAGUCAAUGUUGAAGACAAAGAUGAGAGUUUUGCCAAGAAAAUAAAAUUAACAUCUGAUGUGUGGGAAGGCUUUGAUAAAAUAAAGAAGAAAGAUGUGAGUGAUGGUGCCAAAUGCAAGCAUUGUCAUAAGGUACUUGUUGCUGGCUCUAAAUCUGGAACAACCCACGUGAGAAAUCAUUUAAAUAGAUGCAAUAGCAAAAAUAGAACUGGUAUUGCUCAAUAUAUGAUAUCCACCAAGAAAAGUAUUUCUGACGAUUCGGUUGUAAUUGAAAAUUUCAAGUUCAAUGAAGAGAAAAGUAGGAUGGAUUUUUCAAAAAUGUUGAUCAAGCACAACUAUCCAUUUAACAUGUGUGAACAUGACUAUUUUGAGCAUUUUGUGAAUGGUCUUCAACCAAAGUUUCAUCUUCAUUGUAGAAAUACCGUAAAGUCUGAUAUACUUCGUGUUCACAAAAAUGAAAAAGAGAAACUAUAUACAUACAUUGAAACAUUACCUGACAGCGUUUCGCUUACGACUGAUAUUUGGAUAGCUGAGACUCUUUUUAGGCACAUCAUUGACUGCAUACUAGAUUGGAAGCUUGAAGGAAAGUUGUUCUCCAUGGUGCUAGAUAAUGCUAGUGCCAAUGACGCAAUGGUGAGGACCUUGAGAGGUUGGAUUUGUGACAGGUCUGCAAUCCCCUUGAAUGGUAAAUUAUUUCAUGUUCGUUGUAGUGCUCAUAUUCUUAAUCUGGUUGUUCAAGAUCGUUUAAAAGUUAUUGUUGCUGUUGUAUUUGAUCCCAGUUACAAAAUGAGUUUAGUUGAGUACUACUAUAAUAAGAUCCACAGUUCUCUUGCUACUUCAUAUGUUGAAAAAGUUCGUAGUGAGUUGUUGGAGCUCUUCAAUGAGUAUGAUGAGUAA